GUUUCAACUUGGCAACAGGUACAUAGGUCAACUUCAAAAUAAUCCUGACUGUAUUAAAUUUCUCUAAAAAUGUUCCUCGCCUUGCACAUAAUUCUCCUUCAAGUUGUCGCUUUUCCACUAUUCAUGAUAUUUGGUCCGAUAAUUCGGAUAUGGAGAUAUAUCUCUUUAGAAAGUGAAUUUUGGUUGGAAACGAGCUUAAAGCGUCAUGAAAAAGAAGUGGGAAAAAUUGUGGAGCAGGUCAAAGUUUGGAUACAGAGUGGACGAGGUUCGAAAAUGACAACUGCUCGGCCAGGAUGGAAAAACAUUUCUUUAACGAAAACGGACAAAUCCAAGUAUUUCCAAGUUCAUAUUGGGCUCGAUCGAAUUAUUACAUGGAAGGAAAAUGAAGAAUCCAUCACAGUCGAGCCAGGUGUGAUAAUUGGUCAAUUGUCUCGCUAUCUUUUCAAGAGGGGGUGGACCAUCCCCGUUGUACCAGAAUUGGACUCGCUCUCGAUCGGCGGAUUAAUCUGUGGCGUGGGAAUUGAGUCCAGUUCUCAUAAACGGGGUCUUUUUCACGAGACGGUGCUUUCGUAUGAAGUUGUGCUUGCCGACGGCAGUGUCGUGACAUGUUCCAAGGACAAGGAGUCGGACUUAUUUCACGCCAUGCCCGGAUCAUUCGCCACGAUUGGAUUCUUAACUGCGGUCACAAUCCCGAUAAUUCCUGCAAAGCGCUUCGUGAAGCUAAACUACCGACCAGCUUCCUCCAUCGCCGGACUGAACUCUCUUUUAAGCUGCCCGGGAUUGAGGCAUAAAGAGAAAGCCCGGCACUCGCCAAUCUCACUGUAGUGAGAAGAGCGAGAACCCCGUCAACCUCUCUUCUCACCACCACUACCAUCAUCAUCACCACCAACCGCCAUCCCACCAUCCCACCGCACACUUCCUCUUGUUUUUAUAUAAAAAAAUUUUUAUAAUAAAAAUUAUAAAAAAAUAAUGGGCCAGAGCGAGGGGGAAUGCACCCCCACACCUUCACCCUUCAAGAAAAGCGGAAAAGGUGAGAGAGAGAGUAUAAAAAUACUCCAAUCCCCCUCACCUUCUCAACUCUUGUUUUUUUUGUGCAGAAGCGGCCAAGGGGAGGAUCCGCCAUAGCAGAUCCUCUAUCCCCAGCCACCGCGCAACUCAUCGCCAGUCCCCAGCAAGGAGCCGAGAACGUGGCGGACAUGGAAAAGGUGAGCAGGGAGAGAGAGUAUAAAAAUACUCCCUCAAUCCCCACCCACCUUCUCAUAUUGUUUUUUUUUGUUGCAGUGACCAAGGGGAGGACCCGCCAAAGCAGAUCCUCUACCCCCAGCCACCGCGCAACACGCCACCACUCCCCAGCAAGGAGCAGAAGCUCGACUCGCCAAGAGAGUCGUGGCAAAGGAAAAGCGUCCAGGGGGAUGACUCGCCGAAGCAGGUCCUCAACCCCCAGUCGUCGCGCAUCUUGCCGCCACUCCCCAGUCAGGAGUCCCAGGACAAGCCGGGACUCGACCCACCGAGAACGUGGUGCAAAAGAAAAAAGUGAGAAGGAGAGAGAGUAUAAAAAUACUCCCUCAAUCCCCCCACCUUCUCAAUUUGUUUUUUUUUGCAGCGACCAGAGGGAGGACCCGCCAAAGCAGGUCCUCAACCCCCAGUCGUCGCGCAUCUUGCCGCCACUCCCCAGUGAGGAGUCCCAGGACAAGCCGGGACUCGACCCACCGAGAACGUGGUGGACAAGGAAAAGGUGAGAAGGGAGAGAGAGUAUUAAUACUCCCUCAAUCCCCACCCACCUUCUCAACUUGUGUUUUUUUGUGCAGAAACGGUGAAGGGGAGGACCCAAUGCUUAUAGAUAUGGCCGUUUAUUCCAACGGAUGUUUAGGCGUCAUUUUUUAACGAAACCGAUAUUGGAUCGGUAUUUCUGUGGGCAACAUCGUUCCCACAGACAUACCGAUCCAAUAUCGGUUUCGUUAAAAAAUGACGCAUAAACAUCCAUUUUUUUGUAUAAUAAUUUGCAAAACGGGGUGAUGAGAGAUACCAAUUUUGCGGUAAUCUCAACACCACACCAUCAUCAUCAUCAUCAACAAAACAGCGUGACCACCACCAUCACACCUCCUCCUCGAUUGUAACCACCGCCACACCUCCUCCACGAGCGUGACCACCGCCACACCUCCGUCUCGAUUGUGACCACCAUCACACCUCCUUCUCGAUUUUGACCAACAUCACACCUCCUUCUCGAUUGUGACCACCGCUACACCUCCUUCUCGAGCGUGACCACCGCCACACCUCCUUCUCGAUUGUGACCACCGCCACAACUCCACGACCGUUACCACCGCCACAACUCCACGAGCGUGACCACCGCCACACCUCGUUCUCGAUUGUGACCACCAUCACACCUCCUUGUCGAUUGUGACCACCGCCACAACUCCGCGAGCGUGACCACCACCAUCACACCUCCUCCUCGAUUGUGACCACCGCCACACCUCCGUCUCGAUUGUGACCACCGCCACACCUCCUCGAGCGUGACCACCGCCACAACUCCACGAGCGUGACCACCGCCACACCUCCUUCUCGAUUGUGACCACCGCCACACCUCCGUCUCGAUUGUGACCACCGCCACACCUCCGUCUCGAUUGAGACCACCGCCACAACUCCGUCUCGAUUGUGACCACCGCCACACCUUCUUCUCGAUUGUGACCACCAUCACACCUCCUUGUCGAUUGUGACCACCGCCACAACUCCGCGAGCGUGACCACCACCAUCACACCUCCUCCUCGAUUGUGACCACCGCCACACCUCCGUCUCGAUUGUGACCACCGCCACAACUCCGUCUCGAUUGUGACCACCGCCACACCUCCACGAGCGUGACCACCAUCACCGCACCUCCUCCACCUCAACCAACGGGAUCAAAAUGAAAAGCAAGAGAAGAUUGCAGUUACAGAAGGCGUCCAAACAACGCUGGGAGGACAAUGUUUCCGAAAACAAGGAGGAAAACCAGAUGGAAUUGUCAACCCUACCGGCGACCUCACACUCUCCAUCGAAACAAUUGAGAACAAUACAUUCUCCGUCGAAAAAAUUAACAUCCAUACACUCUUCACCGAAAAAAUCAACAUCCAUCCUUUCUGCAAAACUCGAGCCGAGGAAACUAGUUCUCCGUCGAAGUCAUCCUCUAAAAUACAAAUGCUAUGGAAAACGUAGCGUGCCUACGUCAUCGGUAUCCGAAUAUAUACAGGAUCCUGUCGCAAAUGAUGUCCCUGUCGGGCGACGCCUAAUCUCGAUUCAGUCUCUGAACCAAAUAAUGUCUUUAGCUGCUGAUCAUGGAAGACAAUGCUCAUUUCCACUUUUGCAGAUCGUAAAAGAAAUUCGCAAAGGACUUCAGUCGACACUGACGGCGUCUUGUGAAACUUGCAUGAAGCUGUUUCAGUUCAGUAAUGACAUUGGACCCUGCACUCUUCCUGUCAAUGAGGCUGGCGUGUGGGCAGGGCACACCAACGGGGGAGGAUUCACAAUAAUGAAACAUUCCUUGACGGCAUUGGAUCUCCCUUUCAUGGACAGCAAAACUUAUACAAAUCUGGAAAAUAGGUUUUCAAAACAACUGCAUAGCGCAUUUCUCUCAGAGUUGCAACGAAAUGGAGAGGAGGAAAAAAGAAUGGCUAUUGAACUAGGCCAGAUUGACCACGAUGGAGUUCCAUGGACAGAUGUCUUAGGAGAUGGUCAAUGGAGCAAAAGGUCGUUCAAUCAACAAGGCAGAGCACUGUCAGGAUCGGCCGUACUUAUUGGAUUGCUAACCAAGAAACCACUCUUCGUAGGGGUUAGGAACAAAGUUUGUUUCAUUUGCAAAACUCAACCAGAGAAGGAACAUGAGUGUUUCAAGAACUGGGACGGAUCAUCUUCUGCUAUGGAAACGAACAUUAUUAUGGAAGGCUUCAAACGCAGUAUUGAAAUGCAUGGGAUUCGUUACCGCCGCUUUGUAGGGGAUGGUGACUCGAGUGUAUAUCAAGGCAUAA